CCGCUGGGAAGGGGGGGGCUGUCAGGCCCCCUGCCUGUCCCGUGUUUGCAGGAAGCCACCCACAGCCAUUCAGCCUCGUACUUACUGCAGAGCCCGGAGGAGGGCGCGAGCUGGAGACCUGCAGAUUCACCCUACAAAGGAUGGGGGGGGGGAGGGAGGCGUCUGCCAAGAGAACCCCACAGCUGGGCAGUGGGAGCCAGGUCUCCCUUGGGACAGGCGCAGAAACGGGAACUGGAGCAACAGCAGAAGCGUUCCAACCUGGGAAGAUUAGAUACGGAAGACAAACGAGCCCGGGGUGGGGGCUUUCCUCCCUCCUUCAGCUGCUGGACAGGAGGAGAAGACAGAAAUUCCUCCCUGUUGGUGCUCACUUAGUUAGACCCACAGCUAGACCUGGGUGAUGAGAGUGGGAAACUGAGGCGUGCAAGGCCAAAGGAUGGUGAGGGUGUGCUCCCAGGUAAGCUAGGAACAUCGGAAGCUGCCUUCUACCCUUGGUCCCUCCCAGGUUGCAGGCCAGAGUCUCUCUCAGCCUCUCUUGGAGAUGCUGCCAGGGAGGGAACUUGGAACCUUCUGCACUGAGCUAUGACCCCAUCCCCUCCAGGGGAUAUCUUACAGUGCUCCCACACAUGUAGUCUCCCAUUCAAAUGCAAACCAGGGCAGACUCUGCUUAGCAAAGGGGACAAUUCAUGCUUGCUGCCACAAGACCAGCUCUCCGGUAGAUCAGCAACCAAUCAACAGGGAGCCAGUUCUUCCUUGUGGAAGGGUAAGGGAGAGGCACGGAGGGCCAGGCCGUUGGAGAUCCUGCUGUCCAAAGGGCAGUGAGGUCCAGCAGUUGGAAGGAGAGAGGCUUUGAUAAAGGGCUAUCAGCUUCAAGGUACAGAGAGAGUCAGGACUCCUUGCUCCAGCAAAAAGCCAUGAUUUUUUAACAUGCAAAAUGCGCUUCUUGCCUUGAAUUCAGCCUACCUGUUUCUCUCUCAGUGGACGAGCCUUAUCAGCUCCUGACGUGCACACAGCCGGCUGCCUCUUUCCCACCGUUAUCUCCCUCCCUCCUGCCUCUUUCCCACCGCUAUCUCCCUCCCAGUCCUUGGAGUCCAGCCCAGGCUCCGGCUGCCAGCCACGGCUCCCGCCCUGCCCAGGUGAGAGCCGCUCUAUAUAAGCGGGGCUGCCCUCCGAGGGCUCCCAGAGUCUGCUUUCUCUGCCGUAUCUACUGAGAUGAAGGCCGCGCACAGCCUCCUCCUCCUCCCGCUGCUCUUCGCCCUGGCCUGGGCCCAGUGCCCGGCCCCGGCGGAGCUGAAGGGCGUCAACGGCACCAAGAUCUGUGCCCAGCUCUACACCGACGACAGCCCCUACUACGACCAGUGCUGCGCAGGGCGCGUCCUCGUGGUGCUGCCCGGUGAGGACCAGCCCUACAUGCCGACGGCUUUCAACAACAAGGUCUCCUCCUUGGUGGUGGCGACGAGAUGCGAGCUCAGCGUCUGGUCCAAGAAGGCCAAAGCGGGCAACACGCGCAAGUUCAAGCCGGGGGCGUUUCCCCGGCUCCAGGAGUACAAAAGGGGGCUCUUCGGCGACUGGGAUGACGCCAUCUCGGCCUAUUACUGCAAGUGCACUUGAGGCGACUCAGCCGGAGAAGGGCGAGACGAGGAGGGAGCCUGCCUCGGCGGCUCACAGAAGCCCCUGCCCACGUGACCCACCCCCCACGCUGCCCGGCCCCCCCCCCGUGUCUCCACUGUGACUGCAACGUUCACAUGAGAUGUGGCUCGCCAACCUCCAGCUUGCAACGGCAGAGGAUUCAUCCAAACGCCCCACAAACCAGAGAGCGAGAUUGCCGUGGACCGCAGCCACCGCCGCCAAAAGUGUGUUUAUUUUCCCGAACAACAAUGGCAAAUUAAUCUACUCAAUCAUGAGCUGGGAGUUUCCACCGCUUUGAAGAGCUCCAUGUUCGUCACCUUGCUUGAAAGAUGUCGCUCCCUCUGAUGCUUUCAGAUCUCCUGCGUUCUGCCUCAGUCUCCGCGUUUCCGAGACAGGCCUUCCAUCUUCAAGACCAUCCCCUCCUUGUGGCUUCCUUGAGAUGUGCUCUGCGGCAAGCCCUCCUCCGUCUCAUCUUGGCUAUUAUUGUGCUUUGCCACGAUAAACAUAAUUAAAAGCAAAGG